AUGGCUUCUAACGACGACAACACUUCUAAGGCCUUCCCCUUGGCUACUGAUCAUAUGAAUAGUUUUCUCCUGGACUUGGUUCAACAGGCUGCUAACUACAAGCAGCUGAAGAAGGGAGCUAACGAAGCUACCAAGGCUUUGAAUCGAGGAAUAGCCGAAGUUGUUGUUUUGGCCGCUGAUGCGGAACCUUUGGAGAUCAUUUUGCACUUACCCCUGGUCUGUGAGGACAAGAAUGUUCCUUAUAUCUUUGUGCCAAGUAAGAUUGCUCUUGGCCGAGCUUGUGGAGUUUCUCGCCCCGUUAUUUCCUGCGCCAUUACCAGCAGAGAAGGCUCGCCCUUGAACCAGCAGAUUGUUGACGCCAAGGACCAGAUAGAGCGCCUUUUGAUAUGA